AUGGCUGAAGGUAGCAAUGGUAAGGCCAACGUGUUGAUUGGCACGAUUGAACUGUAUGUGGUUGGUACUUCGUUCACCAAUUAUUCUGAACGGUUGGAAUAUUUGUUCCAAGUGAACGGGAUUGACGAUCCGGGGAAACAAAAAGCGCUCUUUGCCACGUUGAGUGGACCGGCAGUUUACGAGGAGCUUAAACUGUUGUAUCCUUCAAAGGAUGACCUUAAAAAUGUUGGUUACGGUGAUAUUUCGCAAAAGUUGCAUGAGCGUUUUGACAAGGUCGAUUCAGACUUGAUUCAGCGCUAUAAAUUUUAUAACCGUGUGCAAGGACCAAACGAGAAGGCAGAGGAUUUCGUGCUAGCUGUAAAAUUACAGGCCGAAUUCUGCGCGUUUGGCGAAUUUCGCGAAACUGCCAUCCGAGAUAAACUUGUGAUGGGAGUUUUCGAUAAAUCUUUGCAGGAAAAGCUACUGAAUGAGGAAAACCCUAGUUUGGCAACGGUUGAAAGAUUUAUUGUGAACUGGGAGUUGGCUGGGUCACGGGCUCGAAUGAUCGGCGAUCGACAAGGCGGCCAAGUAGCUUCGGUAAAGCAACGUUUGGGUCGAAAAGAAACGUUCAACAGAAAGGUCAGCCGUGACAAGAGCAGGAGUCGUAGUCGCAGUGCUGUUUAUAAACGGCAAGGGCGAAGCAGGAGUGCUGAGAAUUUUUUGCUGGAAAUAAAGCAAAAGUAUUCUCAAGUAUUUUCAAAGGAUCUUACCUCGCCAAUCAUUGGUUUUGAGGCGGAUCUUGUGUUGAAGGACAAUACUCCUAUUUUUGAACGAGCGUAUGAAGUUCCAUUCAGACUUAGGGAGAAUGUUAUUGAGUAUUUAGGAAAAUUGGAAAAGGAAAAUGUUAUUACUCCUAUUAAAACAAGUGAGUGGGCUUCUCCAGUCGUCGUUGUUCCCAAAAAGGAUGCGCAGGAUAUUUUCGCAGAUUUAGCGGGUUGUAAAGUUUUCUGUGCCCUUGAUUUAGAAGGAGCGUAUACUCAACUUAUGCUGUCAGAAAAAUCCAGGAAGUUUGUGGUUAUCAACACGAUCAAGGGACUUUACACUUACAACAGGUUGCCUCAAGGAGCUUCAUCGAGUGCGGCGAUUUUUCAACAGGUGAUGAACCAGGUGCUGGCUGGAUUGAAACAUAUACGCUGCUAUUUGGAUGAUGUACUCAUAGCUGGAAAGGAUUUAGACGACUGUCCUAAGAAAGUUUCGGCCGUUUUAGAUAGGUUAGCUCAGGCAAACAUUAAGGUGAAUUGGAGUAAAUUUGACACCAAGUGUCUUCAACGUCUUGCAAGUGAUGGUGCAACCUCGCAUAAAGCAGCAGUGAAGGUCGUUGAGAAGGAUUUUUACGUCGACGACCUGUUGACCGGUACGGACAGCUUAGAAGAAGGAACCAAUGUCAAUGACUUCUGA